GCUGAUUUUAGUGGUUGAACUUUGAAUGAGAAAAUGAGCCUCAUGAUGGUGAAGUAUCGCUCCACCACACCUCUGCUGUUCCUGUUUCACAUCAGCAGGUGUGUGUUUGAAUGUGUUUUGCAUGAACUUUAUGUCCCGCUGCUCUUCAGACUUUAAGUUCCUCUGUUUCAGCGAGUCUGAUGUGUUUCCAUGAGCUCUGUCUGAAAACUAAACCAGGAUGGUGCUGACAGUAACUCUGCUGGUCCUGUUGGGUUUUCUGAGUCAGGGUGAGAGAUUCAAAAAUGAAUAACAUUAUGAUAGAAUUAAUUAUAUGACUGUUGUUUUUAUGUUUGUGUGAAGUUUUUCUCUUUUUUUCCGUGUUUUUAAUCUUUAGUUCAUUUUCUGACAGUUUGAUUUUCUUUGUCUCAUUUCAGAGUCUUCUGCAAACAGCUUUCUGACUCAGGCUGACAAAUUCAAGUCUGUACGUCUUGGUGAGACUGUGACAAUCAGCGCAACAGGGAGUUCAAACAUUGGUGGUGAUCUCAGCUGGUACAUUCAGAAACCUGGACAGGCUCCCAAACUCCUUAUAUAUUAUACAUCAAACCAUUUCUCAGGAACCCCGUCUAGAUUCAGUGGAAGUAGAUCUGGUUCUGACUACACUCUGACCAUUCAAGGUCUUCAGGCUGAAGAUGUUGGAGAUUAUUACUGUCUUGGCUAUCAUGGUAGUGCGUUCACACAGUGAUUUAGAGCCGUACAAAAACCUCCUCCAGUUCAGCUGAAGUGAAACCAUCCUGCUGCAGGUGCAGAGGGUUGGUGUGGUGUAAAGAGAGGCGAUGGUCCAGUGAACAAGAGAGUCAUCAAGCAGAAACACAGACGCUCAGAAUAAAACGG